GCCGUCUUGAAUCAUCAUUCAGAGCCGUUCUGCUGCGACUUCAUCUCUAACGCAAUAGGUUGCGAUGGCGUCAAUACAAGCCUUCCCAGCUCAGACGCAGUCCACGUCACGGAAGGUCAACAAUGUAGUCACUGAAGCCAUGACGAUCAGCUUCUCAGACAAAAUCAUGGUCACAAUUUCCCAGGCCGGCAGACUUUCACAUUGGGUUCAUGUACCCCUGGCUACUUCGUCAUCGAAUCCUAUGGACCCAGGGCCGCUAUUGACGAUGGAUACUGAGAACAGCUUACUGCCGAUGACCCAUCUCACGGCAACCACAGUUCUCGGCGGAACGAGACAGGGCGAUGAAGUUCUUGGCCAGACACUAGCGACAACUAUUGCCAGUGCCAUUCUGACAAAACGACCCUCCGAGGCACGAUUGCUUAUUGUUGGUUUGGGCCUCGAAAAUGGCGCCGAGAGCAUGGCUGGACGCGCUGAGUUUGAAGAACUCAUCGGCAUCAUCUUGGACGUUCUAUGA